GGUCCGCACCUUUCAGAAUAAAGGCGUAAAAACUUUAUUUUCCACACAAGAAAAUACAAAAUUCUAAUAUUUUAACAGCUGUAAUAUAGUGAUUUUGGUGACACAUACACUAGUUCAGUCAAAUAAACAUUUGUUUUGGAUGUGUGGUUGUUAGAGGCUGACUUAACAUUAAUGGCCUGCAGUUUAAUGCUCACACAACAAUUUUGUCAAGUUGCUUUAAAAAAAAACAAAUCCAUGCAUGCAGCAAUUUCCUGUGGUGUUGUGUCGUAUUUCCUUUUCUGAGAAUAGGAAUGCUCGUUUGUGAACCCGCCGCUGCCCGUUUUGUUGAUGCUACUAAUGGUAAUGGUGAUUAGAGAACACCGCCCGUCUGGUAGAUAAUGAGGUAUAAACCGAAUGUAAUUGUUGUCACUCCAAGUUGCGCUAUGGUCUCUGAGCAUACACCGUUUUUUUUUUAUUUGGUUUUUCUGAAAAUGUAAUUUUAUUUCGCGAAACUGCUCCUAAAUGAUAUUGCUCAUGCAUUGCUCGACCAGAAAUUCCUCGCAGGCUUCAUUAAAUCAGAGGGAGAGGUCCACGUUUUGGUUUUACAAAGUAGCCUAUGUAUGCUAUAAAAAGCUGCAGACAUGAAGAUAACAGACAGCGUGUUACGAAGUUUCAGGGUUGCCAGAACAUAUCGAGAAAAUUCACAGAAAGUCAACUGUGUGGACUUCAGCCCAAAUGGUGAAAAUGCAAUAUCAAGCAGCGACGACGACUGCAUUGUGUUAUAUGACAUCCGGGAGGGAAAACCUAAAAGCACCCUGUUCAGUAAGAAGUAUGGAGUAGACCUCAUCCGCUACACACAUGGCGACACGCAGACAGUGGUCUACAGCUCCAACAAACUAGAUGAUACCAUCCGAUAUCUGUCACUAACUGACAACCAGUACAUCAGGUAUUUCCCAGGUCACACUGCAAGAGUUAUUGCGCUUUCCAUGUCACCAGUCGAUGAUACAUUUAUCUCGGGCUCGUUGGACAAAACAAUCCGGAUCUGGGAUCUGCGUGCUCCAAACUGUCAAGGUCUGACUAACCCGCUGGGGAAACCUGUAUGUUCCUUUGACCCUGAUGGGUUGAUAUUUGCUGCUGGGGUGGAAUCACAGGCCAUUAAACUAUACGAUCUCCGUGCUUUUGACAAGGGUCCCUUUGCCUCAUUUGAGACGAGGUUUAAUCGCUUCUGUGACUGGACUGGGCUUAAAUUCAGUAACGAUGGAAAACAGAUUCUCAUCUCCACCAAUGGAGGGAUGAUUCGUGUCCUGAAUGCUUUCAAUGGAUCUGUGCUGCACACUUUUUCUGGCUACAACAACAGUAAAGGCAUCUCCCUGGAGGCCUGCUUCACUCCUGACUCUCAGUUUGUCAUGAUUGGCUCAGAGGACGGCAGAGUCCAUGUUUGGAGCACUGAGAGUGGGAUGAAGGUGGCUGUGCUGGAUGGGAAACAUCCAGGACCCAUCAACACUCUGCAGUUUAACCCCAGAUACAUGACAUUUGCCAGUGCCUGCACUAACAUGUUGGUGUUAGAUUCAUACAGAGAGCCAGCACAGAGCUGGGACAAGGAUUACGAUCAGUUCCUGCUUCCUCUGCUUACGCCUCAGGAACCCUGCUACAUCCUCUACCGUCUGGACUCCCUGAAUGCACAGGGAUAUGAGUGGAUCUUCAUCGCCUGGUCACCUGACCAAUCACCAGUGAGGCAGAAGAUGGUGUAUGCAGCGACCCGUGCCACACUGAAGAAAGAGUUUGGAGGAGGUCACAUUAAAGAUGAAAUGUUUGGCACGGUCGAGGAUGACCUGUGCUUCCAGGGAUACCUGCGACACAUGUCCUCCUGCUGCUCCCCGGCUCCGCUAACAGCAGCUGAGCAGGAAUUACAACGAAUUAAAGUCACAGAGGAUAAAGUUGUGUGGGAUGAACGUAGACGAAUUGGAACUCCAACAGCACGAGCAAGGGUUACAAUGGAGUUUGGCUUGGACAAAAGGGCACAGACUCUUCAAGGUCUUGCAUUCCCAUUACAAGAAGAGGCCAAACGAGCUCUGCAGCAACUCAAGCAGAGACGCAUCAACUACAUACAGCUGAGGCUGGAUGUGGAGAAAGAGACCAUUGAGCUGGUUCACACCAAACCAACGGAGACCCACGAGCUUCCCUACAGGAUUCCCACGGAUUCACCUAGAUACCACUUCUUCAUCUUCAAACAUUCCCACCAGGGCCAGCGGCAGGAGGCACUGGUGUUCAUAUAUUCGAUGCCUGGGUACACCUGUAGUAUCAAGGAACGGAUGUUAUAUUCCAGCUGUAAGAACAGGCUACUGGACGAUGUGGAGAGAGACUACCAGCUAGAGGUCACCAAAAAGAUGGAGAUAGACAAUGGUGACGGCCUGACAGAAGACUUUCUGUACGAGGAGGUCCACCCAAUUGAACACACCUUAAAGCAGGCCUUUGCCAAGCCCCGCGGACCAGGAGGGAUGAGGGGUAACAAACGCCUCAUCAAGGAUGCAGGGGAGAAUGGGGAAGAAAGUUAGACGUUAUAUAUACACAUUCACACACACACACACACACACACACAAGACAUUAUAAACAAGUACACGAGCACACCUUAACAAUAUUUAUAUUUUGAUUUGUUAUUUGACUGUUAAGCUUCUAGCCAUUUCUUCUUUUUACUUGCGAAAACAAAUUUUACACUGAAAACAGGAAAAAAAUAGAUUCACCAUAAAGCAGAAUUUGUAUAUAUUUUCCGGUGGUAAAAGAAAGCUCCUAAAUGUAAACAUUUGUAUGAAAGUGAUAGCUAAGCUGUUAGUGAUAGCUGUUAGUAGUUUGAGUCUAACCAGGAUAAUUAGCUUAUAUGUGGAAACAUCACUUUAUUUUCACUUGUAGUGGAGAUCUAAAACUUUCUGGAGAUACCAAAUAUGUCAGGCUAAAUUUAGGGGAAAUGUGUAUGAAAUGAUGCACAAAACACUUAGAAUAUGUCACUAUGUGAAUGUAAAUAUAGUUUCAAUAAAGACUUUGAAAAACAGAUUGAUACACCUCUCAUGUUUCUACGUUAAACACGAAGCUACAGCCAGGUAGCUUAUUUUACCAUAAAGACUGGAAACAAGGGAAAACGGCUAUCCUGGCUCUGUCCAAUAAUAACAAAACGUGCCUACCAGCACCUCUCAAGCUUACUAACUAUAUCUUGUCUGUUUAAUCCGUACAAAAACCCAAGUGUAGAGCCCUUAAAUAACAACAAUUAUUAUAUAUAUUAUAAUUAAUGAUUAGUAUCAUCACUAAUAUUGAUUCAGGUAUUCACAAUCAUUGGGGAAUGGCUAUGAAAUUUCUGUUUUAGGUUGGAUUAUCUUGUAUAUUGCCUAGGUAAAGGCAGCCUAUGCUUUACCCACGGUUCCACAUGCAAAUUCAUCCACACCACAUUCACAGUUGCCUUUGCCUUCUUCAGUCACCUGAGCGAGGUUUGACUAAACUCAGCUGAAGGCUGUUGUUGUACAUGGUCCUACAAUAAAAUGUUUUCUUUAUUUUCUA